AUAGCUAUUAGCGCUCUUCCGUUAACAACGGCGUCAUCUGUGCGCCCUUCCCCCUCUUCUUUCCCUUACUAAAUUGCGAGGAGAACGGCGCGGGCAGUUUCUAUACAUUCUGCGUCAUCUGCUGCGGCCUUGUCUACAGCAGGUGGCAUGGUGACGCAGGUGCAGCCGCUAGCGCGGGGCUCGUCGCUGUACCACAUGCUGGAGGACAGCCAGGCGGCCAUCUUCUGCUGUUGCUGUGAGGUGCCCUCGCCCGGCUGUGCUCGGCGCACUACCUCUUCCUCUCCUCCACCAACACCCCCCGACGACCACAACAGCCCCGCCUCGCCUGCGUCACUGCCGUCUUCCUCCUCCUCUUCGUCGCUAGACAGUACUGCCCUGCCACCAUCUGACACAUCACCAGAAGAAAGCGGAGGCGGUGGUCACCAGUCACGAUCGACCAAAAGGUCUCUGUCCGACAUGGGUGCAGCUCAGCAGCAGCAGCACAAAGAGGGCGCAGCCGACGCGGAGCGCGACAGGCUGUGCUCACCUUUCCGCCGCAGCUUGUUUCCAGGUGUCCCGCCAACACUUCAGUUCUACUCCGACGGAUACCAAGUGUUCCCCUUGCCAGCGUGCAUCCGCAAGCAGCUGCGGUGGAAGGUGACGAGCAUCACACCUUUACUCAUCCGUCAGACAGUGGUCCGGUCUGGUUUUCGGCUCACCCGCGAUGGACCUUACUGGAAUGGGACGUGGGGCAAACACAUCAAGUGCUUCACCUUUGCAGAGAUCAAGGGCUUUCAGAAGGUGAACCACUUUCCGGGCAGCUUUCACCUGGGGCGCAAGGACAAGCUGUGGCAGAACGUGGUGCGGCUGGGACGCAUCCGUGGUGAUCGGGGACGCCCAUCGCUGCCCGACACAUUCCUCCUGCCCCAGGAGCUGCCUCUGCUGCGGGACGCCUGGAUUGCCGAGACUCCGGGCGACCACUGCUGGAUCAUCAAGCCCCCUGCAUCGGCAAGAGGUGCAGGUGUGCACGUGGUCCACCGCUGGGACCAGAUACCCAAGAAGCAGCCACUGGUGGUCCAGAGGUACGUGCGGACUCCGUACCUCAUAAACGGGACCAAGUUUGACCUGCGCCUGUAUGCGCUAGUGACCAGCUUUGACCCCCUCAAGAUCUACCUGUUCCCAGAUGGCCUGGUUCGCUUUGCUUCCAACAAAUACUCGCAAGAGAGUGAGGACCUCAGUGACCGGUACAUGCACCUGACCAACUACAGCAUCAACAAGAAGAGUGCCACCUACACAGCUGGAGGCAGUGGGGACUGCCAAGGGCACAAGUGGUCCAUAAAGGCGCUGCAGGGCUAUCUAGAAGCGUUGGGCGUGGACUUUGCCAGCCUCUGGGACCAGAUGGUCGGCAUCGUUGUCAAGGCACUAGCCUGUGCGGAGGGCCCAAUGAACCGGCUAAUCCAGAGGCACACGUCAAGUCGCUACACAUGCUAUGAACUGUUUGGCUUUGACAUCUUGCUGGACGACCAGCUAAAGCCCUGGCUCCUCGAGGUCAACAUCUCGCCCAGCUUACGAUCUGCAACACCAGUUGACUACGCUGUCAAGAGUGAGGUGGUGAAGGACAUGCUGAACAUAGUGGGAUUCCAACUGCCUCAGCAGCUCAAGGACGACCUUGACGAGAGGCUACUACAGUGCUACGGUCUGGAAGAGCAAGAUGAUCUGUCCCUGAACCCUCUCCUUCACACGUACAGUCUCUCGCCGGCCGAACUCCUCAAGCACCGGCACUACGAGACAAGCCUGAUGGAUGUGGAGGAAGAGACCUCUGGCCUGCUAGGCAGCCUGACGCCCGACGAUGUCCGGGUGUUGGUGCAAAGCGAAGACGAGCUCUCGCGCUGUGGCUCCUUCAAGCGGGUGUUUCCAGGUGGCCGCCACGGAGACGUCAGCCUGCUCGCCCACCGCCGCUACUAUAACCUGCUGCUGGCCGCCUGGGAGAGGCGAUACGGGGACCAGAGGCACAAAGGUGUGGAGUGGCUGCAACGACUCUGUGCCAAGGGCUUCCACCUAAUGUCACCAGACACGGAACGGGUGCCCACUGCCGAAAGCCAGCCUUCUCCCAUUUCCGAAAAAAGGAGCUUUGAGUGUGCCACGGACUGGCUGCCCCGCUGGACGCUGCAGUUGAUUUUGUCACUGCGAUCGCUCCCUGAUGGUGGCCCGAUGCAAGGAUCGGGUACGCAGCACCUAGGCACCGCAGUUUACAGAACGCCACCAGCAUGUGGCCGGCACUCGCUAACUUCUAUCGCCUUGGUGCACACUACAAUGGGUGUCUUGCUUGCCAUUACAUCUCUACCGCUUGCAUUUCAUCGGCAUCUUCUAGUGGACCAGCUAUCCUUACGCAACAGCAGUACCACUAUGCUGCUUCCAGUUAACUACAGCUGUUUGUGGUGUGCUCGUUCAUGUUUUACUAGUGGUUGAAUAGUUGUUUGUACUGACAUUGGUUGUCACACAGGUAUAUGUAUGUGGUUUACCUGUUUGCAUUUUACUAGUGGUUGAAUGGUUGUUUAUAAUAAUGCUGGCCUGUCACACAGGUAUUGACAUGUGAAGUUCUUCAGGCAAUUGAUUCCCAUUUGACUGUACUGCAUUUUUUUAUGUGCUCCUUCUGUAGUUUUUGAGGUAAUAGUAUCGGAUCUUGUGCCGGUUCAUGAAUCAUAUGUAAAAAUUUUUACAGAUGGGAAAGUGCAUUUUAAGUUUGUCCAUCAUUCCGUUAACACAACCUAGCAUUCUGUAAUCAAGUAGUAUUAUGCCCUUAGUGUAGACCAUUGUGCAGUGCCUGUUGUGCUCAAGUCAUGGGGUUAACAUUGUUGAAUCUUGAGCAAUCAAGCAUUUAUGGGACAUAAAGCAAUAUGUGUUUUUUUAUUACAUGCUGCGAUUUUACUCAUUUGUUGCUUGUUUUGUUCCUACUCAAGAGGUGUGAGAUGUGUAGUUCACUUGUAAUGUGUUGUGCCAGUCCUAUAUUGGUCCUUGGUGAGACUGAUGGUGUCUAAAUUAAUAAACAAAUUAAAUUCCCGC